AUGGAUUUUAAACCGUUGAGUGCGUACAUCGUGGACGCUUGCAGGACUGCAGGUGGGAAGAGGAAUGGCAAACUUUCAGGCUACCAUCCAGCUGACCUGGGUGCAGCCGUCUGCGAUGCCCUGAUCGAGCGACAGUCGCUGAACGGUGCAGAGGUAGAAGAUGUGAUCUUUGGUUGCGUGGCGCAAACAGGGGCACAAGCCGCCAAUGUGGCCCGCACUGUGGUGUUGUCCUCCCGUCUUCUCCCGGAAACGGUUCCAGGGACCUCUGUGGACCAGGUGUGCAGUGCCUCCCAGCAGGCUGUCCAUACUGCAGUGCAAGCAGUGAUGAGUGGCGUGCACGACUGCUGCAUUGCCGGAGGUGUUGAAGCAAUGUCCACUCUUCCCAUCGAUAGCGCCAUCAGGGCUGGCUUCAAGUCCGGCCAUGGGCGUCCGAUGAAUGCCGCCAUUGCUGACAAGUACAAAGACAAGUUGAAGGCCUUUGAGCACUUUGGCCUCUCCAGCUCCGUCUUCAAUCAGUUUGGAGGAGCAGAACUGCUGGCGCAGAAGUACAAGCUCAGUCGCCAGGAUGCUGACCGCGUUGCUGCCAUCUCCCAAUCUAGAGCUGCGGAGUCCACCAAGGCAGGGAAGUUCAAGGAUGAGAUCGUGCCAUUGCCGGUGAAGCGCAAGGAGGGUGCGUCCGAGGGCGUGCAUUCAGAGGACGAGGGAAUUCGGCCCAAUGUCACUCUUGAACGCCUGGGUAAGAUGAAGGCCUUGUUCCGCAAUGGGGUUCUCACCGCGGCCAGCUCCUCCCAGAUCUGCGACGGAGCAGCAGCAGUGUUGAUUUGCAAUGAGCGAGGAUUGCAGAAGCUAAAGCUGAAGCCCUUAGCCAGGAUUGUUUCUACGGCCCUUGUCGCGACUGACCCCGUGAUGAUUUUCGAAGGGCCCAUCUCUGCCUCUCAACGAGCUUUGGAGAAGGCGAAGCUGAAGAUCCAAGACAUGGACCUUUACGAGGCCUUGGGAGCAGACUUUGAGAAACUGAACGUGAACGGUGGAGCCAUGGCUUUGGGGCACCCUCUGGGCUGUACUGGGGCAAAACUUUUGACCACACUUGUGCAUGAACUCAAGAGGCAGAAGAAGCGCUACGGACUGUUGGCGGUUCCGGCGGCUGGUGGGCUGGCCAAUGCAACCAUUGUGGAGAUGAUGCCAAGUGCCAACUUUAGCCAUGGCAUGCCAUGGCCAGGGCUUGUUGCUGCACCAGGCGUGGUAAGUUUCAGCCCUUGUUGCUGUUCGCUGUUAAGAAGAAGAGGUUGA